AUGGAUAUUAAUUUCACCUUUGCAAAUCAAGACAUUGUCAACCAGGAAAUCAGAUUGUCAUCUUGGGCCACUCCUAUAUCCACUGGAUGGAGAAAAGGGCAGCAAUUAGGAGAGAUGAAAAGAAUUUGGGAUUAUCUCAAAAAGGGUGAUCAGGUAAAUAUAAUAAAAUACAAAAUUUUUAUUAAUACUAGCACUGAUGGCAGCAGACCCAUUGAUGGUAAUCACACUGCUUUUCCAGCUUAUGAGAUCUCAAAAGGCUUAACAAUAUUAUUGGCCAGUGUGAUGAUUUUCACAAUUACCGUGGACAUCUUUGGGAACAUACUAGUGGUUCUGUCUGUGUUACAAAACAAAAAACUCAAAAAUGCUGGUAAUAUGUUUGUUAUCAGUUUGUCUGCAGCAGAUGCAAUUGGUGCUUUAUAUCCAUACCCUUUGCUCAUUGGAUCCAUUUUACAAAACCAGUGGCCAUUUGGGGAAAUGCAAUGCCAGAUUGCAGCUUUCAUUCUUGGUUUGAGUUUCAAUGCUUCUGUGUAUAACAUCAUGGCAAUAGCAAUCAAUCGUUGGUGCUGUAUUUGCUAUGCAAUGAAAUAUGACAAGAUAUUCACCAUGAAGAACACCUAUUGCUAUAUAUGCCUGACAUGGACAAUUAGCUUUAGCUUAAUUUUACCUGACUCAUUAGUGGGAGCUUUGCAAUAUAACCAACAUUUAUACAUUUGUAUAUUGUCAUUCACUGCAAAUGAAGCACUAACACUUUCUGUUGUAGUCUUUCAUUUUAUUUUUCCACUAACAAUUGUAAUCCUCUGCUAUGCAAGCAUCUGGAUUACAGUCAUACAGGCCAAGUAUAGACUAAAAAAAGACAGCAAGCAAACCCUCCAGCCUUCAGAUAUGAGGAACUUUUUGACAAUGUUUGCAGUAUUUGUUCUUUUCGCUGUUUGCUGGUCCCCGUUCAGCAUUCCAGCUUUGAUUGCAGGUUUCAGCCCUCGAAGAAAGGCACCAAAUUUUCCAAUCUGGUUAAUUGUUCUUGGAUUCUUUAGUGCAUGUUUCAACAGUUGCCUUAAUGGUAUUGUUUAUGGGGUUUUUAAUAAGAAUUUUUGGCAGGAGUAUAAGCGUAUACUGCUGUCACUGUUGUUUAUAAUAAGAGGCAAAAAAUUGAAGGGAAGAGAUAUCAGGAAACUACAUGACUAG